AUGCAUGGUAGAGGAAAAUCAAACCUUCCCAUCUGUUUCUUCAAGAUUAUUCUUCAAACCAAUCUUCAAACUAUUAAAAUACCAAACAAGUUUACAAGAAAACACGGUGCUGCUCUACCAAAUCCAGUGAUGAUCAACCCUCCUGAUGGCACUAAAUGGAAAGUGUUUUGGAAAAACAUCAAUGGUGACAUUUGGUUUCAAAAAGGUUGGAAAACCUUUACUCGAUAUUACUCUCUUCAACAUGGUUGUUUGGUAGUGUUUAAAUAUAAAGAAAGAACUCCAGAGUUAGAUGUAAUCAUACUUGGCCAGCAUGCAUUAGAAAUUGACUAUGAUUCUUCAUAUGGCACUCUUGAUGUGACCGACAAUCUUGAUCAUAGUGAUGAUGAAUCAGUUGAGAUUUUAAAUGAUGAUGAUAGUGAUGAUGAAUCAGUUGAGAUUUUGAAUGAAUGGCAUAAUGAGAAGAAGCCUAGACAGAGAUCAACAUUAGCUUCUCCUAGACCACAUAAAAAAGUUAGAGGUGAGAUUCAGCAUAUUAGUCAAAGAACUACAUCAUUGAAUAGGCCAGUUGGAGCUAGAGCUCGGCAAGUAGCUCAAGAAUUUAUCUCAAGCAAUCCCUUUUUCACAGUUUUGAUCAACUCUGCUUGCCUGACAACAGAUCGUCCGAAAGUACCAAAUUUUAAAGGGAUUAUUGAGGACAAGACGAUGAAUGUGAAAGUGAAGAUUGGUAAAAGAUCAUGGAAUCUGAAAUUGCUUCCUUGUUACAAUAAUAGCAGCGCCCGUCGUCUUUCGGCUGGUUGGUCGUCUUUUGCAAGGGAAAGUGGAGUGCAACCAGGAGAUGUUUGCGUCUUCGAACUGAUAAACAAAGAAGAUUUAGUUUUCAAUGUUCAUGUUUUCUAA